AUAGACGGGAAAAACACGCUAGAGUUCAUUCAAUCGCGCAAUUUUGGUUUGAAUAUCCUCCAUUGCGAGUGCAAUAUUGGAGGAUAGGAACACUUCUGUUUUAGCCAUCUCAAAUCAAUAAAACUACCCCUGCUUUGCAUUAAAGAAAAAAAAAAGUUGAAUCUAAGGUUUAUCCUUCAUUUCUGGUCUGUCUGCCCCUUCCGGUAAGAACCCUGGGUAGGUUCUUAUCAAUUGGCAUCAGAGCCGCCGCUGCCGAAACUCAAUGAAGAACGAAGUGACGGAGAAGCAUCUACUAGAUCUCACUAAUCAGGUAUCAUCUUUGGCUGAAUCUAGCAGUCGAUUUAUAAGAGUAUUAGAGUCUACAUCUUCAUCUGUGAAUAGAGGAUCCAGUUAUAGAACACAAACUGGUGGAGUUGAGAUAUUAAUACUCCCAUACUUCGAUGGAACUGAUCCUGAAGGUUGGAUCUAUAAAGCUGAAUUGUAUUUCGAAUUUUACGAAAUACCACCGUUACAACAAGUUAAAACUGCAAGUUUUCAUCUCGAUGGUAAGGCUUUACAGUGGUACAAAUGGAUGAAAUCAGUGGAGCCAAUACAAUCUUGGGUAGGGUUUUCAACUGCUUUGCUUAAACGAUUUGGAAAAAAUCAUUAUGAUGAACCAGCUGCACCACUUCCAAAAUUGAGUCAAGGGGGUUCUCUAGAUGAUUACAAAGAAGAGUUUAUGGAACCAACAGAGAUUGUAAAGGAAUUUGGCAGUGAAGAAUUUGUAGCAGACCCAAGUAACUCAGAAGUGGUAACAGAUUUCAGCCGAGAUUCUUCAAUUUCAUCGGGAGAAAACCAGGACAAAACUCUUGAUACUGAGUUGAUUCCGAGGUUAUUCUUUGAUGAAGAUGAUUUAAUAAUUCUAAACCAACAGGAAGGAAAACCCAUCACUGAAUUGAAUAAUUCAAAUGGAAUUAAGGGUUCUCAAAUUGAAUUUGCUGCCAGUAAGAUGGCAAGGUGUUGCAACAAGGAGAUCCAGUUCGCAAUUGAUGUGGAAAAUUACAGUAUUUGAGGGCAAUAAGCAGCAACCACGUCAAAUUAAUCUGAAGAGUGGGUUUCGCAGUGCACAAGAGCUGUUUGAUCAACGGGUGGUUAGGGAUAUCAGUUUCCUUAGUCUAGUACCUAAGGCUAAGAAGGAUUUCGUUCAAGCUAGUUCAAGCUCAUUUCAGAAACUACUGAACUGCACCUUCACAAAAGUUUAUGGGUUAGUUCAUAUGGUUGUAGAAAGCAGUGCAAUUAAUGCAGUUAGAAUGUUUGAGAAAACAACUCAAGGCAAGAUUGCAUAUCGUAAUACAUUCACUACUGAAUUUGCAAGAUUGAUUGCUAUUGUGAAGGUAUAUGAACUAGUUGAUCAAAUGCAUGAUAAUAGUUGGAUUUCCAGUUGUGAUAAGGGUUUACUGAAUGAUAUGGGAAUUCCAUAUGCGGUUUAUUUGAAGUUAUAUGUUGCUGCAAGGAGACAACAUGAGGUGUCACAGAUUCUUUCGAAGAGAUUUAUGCAGUUACGGAGUCUGGUAUAUCAACCAAAGAGAAGUCAUUUCCAGUUAGAUUUUUAUGGAGGAAUAAUUGGAAUUCAGUUCAUGCUCAUGUUAACUAAAAUCCAAAUGUGCUAAUGCUGAUGAUCUUCUUGAGAUGGAAAUGUGCAACAACUGGUGAUGCUGAGCUAGAUGGUGUGCCUGUGUGUAUUCCUGGUCAGGUUGAGAAUUCUAAUGGCAACACAACAAGAUCAAAUUUCGCUGAAAUGCUUGCUUUCACUUUCCCCAUAGAAAUCACAUGUGCAGUGAAGGUCUGUAGCAAAGUUCUUGAACAGCUAAGGGUUUACUUUUACAGUCAUAUAAUGGGUUUCCUAAGGCCUUCAAGAUGACUGGUUGGAGACUUGGACAUAUUGCUGGUCCUAAACACUUCAGUGCAGCUCCAGCUAUAGCUUCUUAUAUGGAUGCAAAAGCCACGACAACUCUUCAACAUACAUGCAGCAGUCUACAGUUAGCAUACAGGCAGCAGUCCAUAACUCGAAGAAUGUUUCAUGUCUCGAAUUCGAGAAGGGCUAUGUUUCUGACGACAACUUCGGUGUUGGCUGAUCAAGUCGAUGCAAAUGAUGACAUACCGACCGCAACUUUAAACCUUGAGGACAAGGUUGGUCUGAAGGGGACAAGAAUGAUAGGACUCGACCACAAACGUGACCAAGGAUGGCUUGUUAGGCUAACCCCUGUGGGCUAGAUUGAACUGCUAGAUUGGCCAAAAAGUGUUGCAAAUCAUGAAAAAAGUGUGGGAAUUUUUUUUACACUGCUAGUUGAUAGUUCUCUCUCCUAGCAACUGCUCGCAAUUCAACUAUCAGCGAGAUUGAAAUGCUGAACCGUUCAGCGCUCAAAAAAUGGUCUAAACGCUGAACCAUUCAGCGUUGGGAGAAAAUUUUCUGAUCUAGCGGGUGAGAUUUAAAGCGUUGAACCGUUCGGCACUGAGCGCCGAACGGUUCGGCGUUAUAUGGUGGUCCCGCUGCUAAUCUAGCUGCUAGAUUAGCCAUCCCAUAGAACUUAGGAGGUUGCCCAGGUUAACGUGGAUGGCCAAUCUAACAUCUAGAUAUUUAGCCCAUAGGACUAAGCGUUAGAGUUAGCGCGGCAUUACCAAUCCAUCUGCUCGGCUCAAAUGUUGGUUAUUUGUUUCUAUUUACUAUCCUAGUCAUCAUGUAAUAAGUGGUCUCUAAUAUACCCAGUCAGGGUGUUGUUUUUCA